AUGUUGCUUGUAUUCAGCAGGACCAAUUGCCUCACGAUUGGGAACCUCAGCACUCAAGCAGGUGAAGCUUGCAGGGCUGCAUUGUCCACUUGCUUUGGAAUAGGCCAGCGGCUUCUCCACGGAUUCGAGGCUGAGUCCGUAGAGGCCAAAGACGAGACGACGGAGAUGGCGGAGGAAGCCGAGGUGGAGACACCUGGUUCUCGCGAAGUACGAGUGUGGCGUUCGACGAAGGGUCUGACGUCGCAGGCUCAACUCGCUUUCGAAGAUUUGUCGCCUGCCGGUGGAGAACAGCAGCCGGAAUCAGGCUCUUCUGGCGAAUCGAGCUGCGAGGUGCACGAGAUCCUUGAGCCAGAGAUGCAGGGGACCCUUCCCAAGGAGGGCACAGCCUCCUCUGAGACAGAGCCGGCAGACACAGGCACCGGCACCGAGUCGGACACAGCUUUGCCUGAAGAUGUGGCCCUGCUCGAAGAGCCCUACUCCGCCAGUGAAGGCAGUGAGAGGCUUAGCACAGACGCCGCGCCUCCCGUAAACGCCGUGGACAUGGGACGCAGCCUCCUGGAGCUCUUGAGGACAGGGGCACCAAAACACACUGACACCUCUGCUGUGGAAGAAGCCCAGCUCAUCUGUGGAGCCAGUCCUGAAAAGACAACCGAGGAGCCAGAUGAAUUCAGCUCUCCCUUGCCACUGCCGCACAUUGCCGGACUGAGCUCAGCACUUUGGGAGAGUUUGGUGUGGCCGUUGAUGGAUCCAAGGCAUCCAAAAGCUUUCGUCGGGCACGAUGCAUUCAGAGGAUGCUCGCAUAUGCCAACCGGACUCCGACCUCAGGUCCUGGUGGAUGAACGCAAGACCUAUCAGAUCAUGGCAAUGUUCAAGCCUUCUGGAUGGGCAACCUGCUCAACCCCUCAAUGGGAAGGCCUCGAAGGCAACCUCAUUCGACAUGUGUGGUGCUACUUCAACGCCCCAACUGCGGCUCCAUGCCAUCGCCUUGACAAAGGCACCUCCGGCAUUGUGUUAGUGGGCACCAACAAGACUGCUUCCAAGCACAUCUGUCAGCAAAUUCUGAACAAAGGGAUCGUGAAGCAGUAUGUGGGCCUCUGCCAUGGCAUGGUGGAGCCAGGGAUGGGAGUCUUCUCAGCGCCCUUGGCUCUGAGCCGAGCGGACAGGCCUCUUGGCGCCUGCUCAACAGAGGGCCGUGAAGCGGUGACCCGCUUCCGUGUCCUUGGAUACUUCCAUGGUGCUUGGGGGAGCUUCAGCUUGCUCCAGGUGCAGAUCGAACAUGGACGGCAGCACCAGAUCCGACUCUUGCCUGCAUUCCGGAAUCCCCCCUUCGUGCAAGACGUGGACGUGUUGAGGGCGCUGAGGCUCGAGGCCAAAGUUAUGGCGCUCACAGACGACUUGUUCCAGGCAGUCGUGCCGGAAGAUGUUGCGAAGCUGGGGCUGGUGUUCACAAGUUUGCCCCCUGGUCACAUCGAAGUGAAGUCAGUCUCCUCCGGAAGCUGGGCUGCGGAACAAGAAAUCAUACCAGGAGACUCUUUGGUGCGAGCACAGGGCAGAGACCUGGAGCAUGUCUCCGAUGAUGAUUUUCGCGACAUCACGCAGCAGCGUCCUCUCACGCUGGUCUUCGUGGCAAGUGAUUCGGAUGUGCAGGCCGAGGCGAAGGCCUCAGUCGAAGCCUCGGCGGCCACAGAGGCCCCAGCCUUGGCAUCGGAAUCUAGUGGAGUUCCAACCAAGAAGGGCCAUGACGACCAUCUUUCCUUUGACCCACCGACAAAAACGGUGCCGGCUUCAGCCGCUUUACCUGCAGACCCACCAUCGAAGCCAUCCAAACUCACCACCAGCAGCCCCAGUCAAAAAGGCACCUUGGAUGCCUCUCCAGCAGAGGCCACGGCAAAGAUUUCGGCAGAUGACUCAGUGACCCCUGCACCCGCGCCCUCCCUCCCAAGGAGCAAGGAGGUGGAGUCGAAGCCUGCAUCGAAGAACACGCUCAUAAGCCAGUCUGGCAGCCAAGCCAAUGUCAGCGAGCUGAAGCCAGGCGGAGCUGGACCAAGAGCUGCAGAGGUGUCAGAGAGACCUCGGGAAACCGACAUGCAAGUGGUGGACGCGGCGCCCUUACGCAGCAGGCCGACGCCCGAGGUCGGGAACAUCCAGGAGGAGGCGCUGCCCACGUCCGGUCCAGAGCCAGCAAGUGCUCCGACACCUGCAGGCACUGCGAGCUUGAGAGCGGCCAUCGAGCCCGGUGGUGGACAUGCUCUUGAAGCAGAGCUCGAAGAAAGUCGGGCAGAGCUCCAAAAAGCACAUGCAGAGCGGGCAAAGCUGCGAGACGAGGCCAGAAGUGCCCAGGGCUUGAUCAAGCGCCUCCGCAGUGAGCUGGCUGAAGCCCGGGCUCCUGGGAGACAGUUCGCGCAGUCGGAGUCCGAGGGUGUAAGUCUCGGACUUGACGGCUCCGAGAAGGAGAACGAUCUGCAGCUCUUACGGCAGGAGCUGGACGAGGCUCGAGGCGAGCUUGCACGGCAGAAGAUGCAUGGCGCUGGUCCGAGGGAGAAUCUCCUGAAGACAGAGCUGGGAGAGUUGGAGGCGACGAUGAAGAAGGUGAAAGCAGAUCUUCAGAGGUCGCAGCAGGCUGUGCGGAAUUGUGAAGCAGAGAUGAUGAGCGAAGCCGAAGUAGGUGGCUCCGGCAAUCUCCCUUUGCGCAUGGAGCAGGCCGUCGCACGGGGCCUGCAGCGGCAGCUGGUGGAGGGAACGGUGACUGCAAGCCAUAAGGCGAGCCAAAGUCAGGAGAAUGAGAUCGAAAGUGUAAGGACGGAGCUGCGAAUUGAAAAGGCUGCCAUGCGUUCCUUCCACCGAACAGCUGGUAGCGACAUAGAGUCAACUGUCCAGCAGGCAGUACAGCAAAGAGAAGACCUAAAGCAGUCCCUGGUGCGAGCCGAGAACGCUGCAGUCCGUGGUUUGCGAAGGCGCAAUGAUGAAGCGAGACGGAUGACGCUUCAGUUGGAGGAUCCCUUGGUGCAAGAAGCAAACGCCAUUCGCAGCACGAUUCCGCAGCAAGAAGAGAUGGAGGAGUUUUUGUCUGGUCGGCUCCGAAAACUGGAAGAGGCCACUGCAGCUAUGGUGGAGGGCGACUUGGGAAGGGAUGCCUUCCAGCUUGUGGCCAAGGCCCAAGGGUUUGACUUCGCCGAAACCACAGCGGCCAGAGCACUUGCCGAGGAAGCGACGGCUCUUGCGCAUGCCGAAGAAGCACGGAAAGAGCUUCACGACUCUGACCUCUAUGCCGCACGGGUGGAACUGCACAAAGAAAGAACGCUCCGUCUGAGGGCCGUCGACGAAAACGCAGAGUUGCUGCAGCGCCUCUCUGGAGCAUGCCCUCCUUCAGUGGCACAGAGCCAGCCAAUCCAUCAGAGCCCGCAGGCCCUGCCCGCCCAGCAGGCGGCCCUCCAGCCCCCGCCCUUGGAGGCCAUUCCCGCCCCGACCUCUCCGGAUCCGCAGGCGGCGCAGCACCGCGCAGAGCCGACCGCAUCUUCAUCUCUACCGGGCGCAUCGGGCGAGAGCUUGGAGCUGUCGGAUCACAUCACCGUUGGCCCAGUGAUGGAGGCACUGCCGUGGCCAAGAGAAACUGAGCCUGGCCUUCGCCAGAUUGCGGACGACCUCGACAAGGUUCAGAUUGCUUUGCUUUCCAUCAGCAGUGACUGGCAUGGCGAAGGCAUGAUGCCUAAGCUUCGCAGCCCAUUGCGGUCCGACCAGGCGGUAGACCCGCAGCUGCCGCAGGAACAAGAUUCCCACGUCCCAGAUAUGGAGGAGGAAGUCAACCGCCUGGAAGCGCAGAUCCAUCUGCAGAACGAGAAGUUGUCCGAGCAGCAGGGAACUUUCCAGGAGGUCUUAGACUCGACAGAGCUCUUGGGCGAGGCCGCCCUCCAAAGCGAGCAGCAAGCGCAGCAGUUGGAGGAGGAGCUUCUUGGUGUUCGCCUGGCUUUCCAACUGCAAAGUGAAGAGUUGGCCGAGCUCGCCGGGGUUUCGGAGGUUCGGGACGACAGCUCAGCAACACGUUCGGAGAAGCAAGAGGGCCCAAGAAGGCAGACGGAGAAGCGCCCGGGGAGAAGUUCCUCACCGACUGCAGGGGCAUCAGAAUCGGAAGUGUCCGGGCGAUCGGGCCGACAGCGAGAAUUGACCCCGAGCCGGAGGCCUUUGCCUCCACGAAGCCCGAGCAUCACGGUUGGCUCUGUUGCUCAAGGGUCGGCGCGACCGCCAAGAUCACCACCUGCUGUAACCGGACGCUCUACCUCACCCCCGCCCUUGCCCUCACCUUCCUUUGGAUUUCCUGGCAUGUCUGACAUUCUGGGAGAUGACCCCUCGAACCUACCAUCGCAGAGUGAAGCUGUGCCUCACCCAAGCGAAGCAAUGCUGUCCUCAAGACGGGCAAGUCCGCAGUUCUCGGUCGGCUCGCCGUUCUCCGAAGCAGAUCCUGUUGAGGUUUCCAGACCCUCCCAAGCAGAACUUGAGGACAACCUUGCGGACUUAGAGGCUGCUAUUUCGCAGAUGGAGGCGAAGUACGCGGAGCUCGAGCAAUCUGUUUCCCGGGCAGAGACCGAGGCGCAGGAGGCGGCCGAGGCCUUGCAAAGGUCUCAUGCAGAAGGCAGGCGCUCUUCUGUGGAAGACAGGCAGGACGGUCUGCAGAGGCGGCAGGUAGCUUCUGCCCAUGCACCUCCUGCACCUCCCCCACCUGCCGAAGCCGCCGGUCCCAAUCCGCGGACGGUGGAGCUGCACGCAGAAAUCCUGGCACAGAUGCAGGAGGAGGAGAAGCGUUGGCGCAAGCGCUUGCAGGUCGAGCGUCGCAAAGCUGCAGCAGCCGCCUUGCGUGCGGUUGCAGAGGAGUCCUCGGAGCAGGAAGCUGGCCUGAGGCAGGAGUUGCAAAGAGCCGUCGAGCGGGGUCAUCAGCUGGAGGAGGAGCUUCUUCAACCGGGCCUGUCUUCGGCCUGGACUGGAGACGAGCUGUCGAAUGCUGCUCCAGCAGUGAUGGAUGGUAAGGCCAAGGAAGAGAGCAUGGAAGUUGUUUUGAUCGAAGACUCUGCUGAUCAUACUAAGGCCUCCAACAGCACAGUUGAAGACUUGGAGGUCCAGGUGGCACAUCUGAAGCAAGAAGUAAUGGAGCUGCCUCGCCUCAGAUCCUUGCUGGAAGCCGCAGAGAAGCGACUAUCAAAAGAGGAUGAAUCGCAGGUCGAAUUGGAAAAGAUCCGGCGUGCUUUACGAGAUGAGAACCAGACGGCAGUUCUGUCUGCUGUUCAAGGUGCAAAGGACACUGAGGACAUGCUGCGUACUGCCUUGGCUGCCGAAGCCACUUGCCAACUCAUGGCCGAGUCAGAAGCCGAACGUGCAGAGGCGGCAACUGGCGAAGCUCGUCUACUUCUGCAAGAUCUCAUGGAUGCCAGCCGCAGUGAGCUGUUGGCUCUGCGUGCUUGGAUGGAAGAAGAAGCACAAGACUCUUCCGGCAGACUAGGAGAAGCAGAACGAGCUUUGCAUUUGGCCGGUGAGGGGGAAGAAGCUUUGGUUAAGCUUGGCGAGGAGGAGGUUUCUGCUGCUGAAGCACGUGCAGAGCUGUCGCAGGAGAAAGCAACGCGAUCCCUGGAGUUACAAGCUGCGGGCUGGUUUUAUUUCGCAGAGACUGAAGGCUGGUCUGAAGGCGAAGCUGCAGAAGCUCAGCUGAUGCAUGCCAGUCGCCAUGAGGAGGCACGUCUCCUUGACCAGCGCGAUGCCUCGAUUCACGCGGCCACCACCGAGGCGAGUGCGCUGCGUGCUGAGGCGGCUGCCAUGCGCAAGGAGGCUUUGGGCCUCCGGCACGACUUGAGCAAGGAAGAGGUUGCGUGUCAGCAGACGAAGCUCUUGGCAGACCGGGCACGCGCAGCCGAGUCUGCUACACUGCGAUCGGCCCUUACCGAGGUGCGGGCUGAGGCUGCCAGAGGUGCAUCGAUCAUGCACCGUGCAGAAGAUGCUGAGAAGGAGCUGCGGAGGCUGAGGCUUGACCAGGCCCAGAAGGAAGCACACCUCAAGGACCUCACGGACCAGCUCUUUGAUGCAGAGCGCCGUGCCACGGUGGCAGUAUCUGCCAUGGGAACCCCUUUGGCCAUUACAAACGACGCGAGACGGGAGAGGCUCGGUCGAACUUUCGACAGAGGACCAGGUCAGGGCCCAGUCCCUUCGCUGCCGGUGCCCAGUUCCGGGCACGCAGGGCCAGUGGGCGACGCGUCGGGCGGAGCAGGCGCAGCUGCGGGAAGCUCCGAUGGGCUCGGUGACAAGGCGGCGAUGCUGCGAGCCAGAGCUGAAGGUUUGAAGGGUGAGGUGGAGCGCUGGCAGGCUGCCCGAAACAGCCAGGGUCCCGGUCUGCACAUGGCGUCUCUUGGGCAUCCCAUAGUUGCCGAUGCUCGGUACAACCCCCACAAGGCAAAAGAUGACGCUGAGAUUUGCCCACGCUUAUUCCUACAUGCAUGCUACUUGCGCUGUACAUUGCUGGCCAUGGAUUCUAUGGAGUCGGAAAAGAAGGAAGAUCCCUUUGCUGUUGCUUGCCACCUGCCUCCGGAACUGCGUCGCGUUCUACUCCAUGAGCUGAGCUUGGACAGGACAUCCAGUGCACGGCUUCCUGAAUCUGCACGGCAGAUGUGUGAAGUGCUUCUCCAUCCGGAGGUGAGCAGACAGGAGAGUCAUGGACACGGGAACCGGCACUCGCAACUCCCCCACUUGAGGAUUCAGCGCCGAGCAGACAUAGACGAGCUUCAUGAGAGUCGCUUGACCCUUCGUCGAAGAGAUGAGUUCAUGCGCCGCUUCCACUUUAACAGCAAGGAACGUACGGAAAUCAUCCGCAUUUUGGGCCAACUCAAGACAAGCAAGGAGCGAAGCGCAGCUCUUCAGCAGUUCCGAGUUCUAGGGCAAAGAACACCCGACUUCAUCGUAGGCCGAUUUGCAAAAUACGUGGACGGUCUCCUGCGCUGGAGUCAUUGCAAGAACGGCUCCACUGAAGAGGAUGAUCCUGCGCCGGACAUGUGUGCCGUGUGCAACGUGUGCAGGGCCAAGGCUGACGAUCCUUUCGCAGAGUCGACCUCGCCGGAGCAGCUCACAAAUGAGAUGCCAGAGGUGAGUGGCCCGCUACAGAUCCUGACAGAGUCGGUAUGGUGCGAAGUCUGUGGGGAGAUGGAAAAACAGGUCUCCGUGCAGGCUCCAUCGUUGGAGCUUCGCAUGCGCCUGCCUGGCAUUAACGGUCGCCGGCCUCCCUGCCAGCCGGUUCGGAGACGCAGGAACACCAGAGAUUUCCGCACAACCUGGAAACUGAAGAACAGUGGAAAGAGGGAUGCCGAAGCGCAUGAAGAUGAGGAGCUCGAGGAGGACUGUGAGGAGGAGGAUGACGACAACGACGAUGACGAGGACGAUGCAGUCGAUGACGAUGAGGAGGAGGCUGAGGACGACGAUGAGGAGGAGCAGCUGGAGGAAGUAUCCUCGCACAGAACCAGGAGGUGGCAGCCUGCCGGCUACAAGGCGAAGGAGCCAGCAGCUGCGUCAGAUGCGCAGGCUCAAGUUCAAGGCCUCCAGCGUACAGUUCGAGACUUGGUGGAAGGAAGAGGCGGCUCUGUGGAUGGCGUUUGGCUCGCUGGCAAAGUAGCGCCAAGCUUCAAUAUGUACGUCCGAGAAAAUAGCAGGCGGAACGAUGGCAGCCUCAAGAAGUGGUUGAUGUCCAUACCAGGCAUUGAGGUUGAGACAGACACGCAUCAAAGCCACUGGCGCGUCAAACUCGCUUGA